GCGGCGGAGGGCGGGGCCGCGGCGGAGAGCCCAGCGGCAUCUGCAGCGGGUCACCUCGCCCCUUCGGCCAGGAGGCAGGCUCCUCUUCGUGCGUUGGCUCCCAGCAGCGGAACCAGUGUGCGUUCUUUGGCGGUGAAGUCCUCGGCCGUUCCCACCUACAGAGGCUGACCACGGCCAGUCUGCGGGCGUCCAUGCAGCUCGCCCCCGCGGCGGAACCCACGGAACUGGCCUUGCCUGGCCAGUGGCAGCUCGGCCUCCUCCAGCUCCCGGACCAGCUUCACCUCCUCCUUCACUUGGACAUCAUCCAUCUCCUUCUCUGGGCCCUGGAGCAAGAGCAGAUGGCCUAAGCGGGGGCCCCAGCAGGCCUCCUUCAUGGACUCUAUGCAGAGGCCUUUGCUGCUGUGCAGGGAGCUGCCUUUGGGUCCUUUCUCCUGAGCCCGGGUCCGGGCGGGUGAGUGGCAGAGGGACACCAAGCAGGGCCUCUGAGCAUUGCGUGCAGUAGUGGGGUUCCUCCCACCCAGCCCGCUCCAGGCCCCGCAGAGAGGAUGGCUUCAGCCCGGCCAGCGGGGCGCGGGGGAUCCCGGGAGGACCCGCCGCUGGAUCUGCUGCGACACCUGAGCCUCGGCCGGAGUCUCGCCCCCGUCACGCAGGGCCAGAGCCGCUUCCUGAGCCAGCGCCCCACGGGAGUCCCGGAGCCGGAGCCGGGGACCCGCCCCCCCGCGUCCACUCUGCGUGCCCAGGCCGCGCUCUCCAGACUCGCGCGCCUCGAGGGUCGGCUGCAGAGCCGGCGGGCGCCCCACUCGGGCCCCGGCACCCCCAUCUCCGGGGACAGCCAGCCCAGCAGCGCCGCCUGGAGCAGGGCCGGGAGCCCCCACUCCCCAGCGCGGGGAGCACCCCGGGACCAGCCGGGACGCAGGUUCCUGAAGAAGCGCGGGCCCUCAGACGCGGCGGCACCCCUAGAAGCCCCCCAGGGGACCAGCCCAGCGCCCCCAGCACCCAGGGGCUCCCCGGACAGCGAGGAGGAGGAAGUGAGGGAGCUGCUUGGGGAGCUGACAGAAUCGUCCAGAGAAAAGGAGGCGCCGGGGAAAGGACUCUCGGGCCGUAGCCCAGCAGAGCCAGAGCCCGAAGCCCGACCACGGGGUGACCUGCAGCCCCCCGGCCCUGCUGCUCCUGCCUCCCUGCCCACCCUGGGCUCGGGGACCCCAUAUGCUCCUCAUCAGGGAGUGUCUGCCCCCAGUUCACCAUCACUCUCCGAUCCUGUUCCUCUCUCUGGGGUAGAAGCUCCCCAGGGCAGUGUGGCCGAGCCCCUGGACAUGUCCCUGGCUGAGGACUCUCAGGACAGCCACGAUUUCUGUGUCCACAUCCUGUCCCUGAGUGACCUGCAACCCAGCAGCCCGCAGGGUGCAGCUGGCUCGGAGGUGGUGUCGGCGGCCAGAGACCCCCUGACAGAUAGCGAAGUGUCGGAGCAGGUGGGCAAGGACUCGGCUGGCUCAGGAGACCCCACGGCCCGUACCCCCAGCUGCACUUACUCAGAAGAUUUUGACGGCUCCGAAGCGCCCUCUGACAGCACUGAGGCCUCUUGGUCCGAGACGACCCCCAGACUAGAACCGACCCACAUGCCCCGCGUGGUAAUGAAAGAAACAGCAGUGCAGACCCCAGAUCCUGCCUUCGCCUACCAGUGGCACCCGGCAGCCGGCACGGCGGCCAUGGGGCCAUCCCUGGGGGGCGCCUACGUGGACCCCGUGCCCAUCGCCAGUCACGUGGUCAGUCCAGAUGCCAUUGAAGCCCUGACCGCGUACAGCCCUGCAGCCCUGGCCCUCAACGACCUGCUGAGACAGCAGCUGAGCCUGACCCGCCGUUUUGCGGAGGCCAGCCGGGAACUGCAUGGUGCAUUGCUGCAGGCGCUGGGGCCGCCAGCCUUCCACUACCACACGCUGGAGGAAGCGCGUGAGUACAUCCGGCGCCACCGGCCCACCCGUCUCACCAUGGAGGCUGCUCUGGAGGAGGUGAAGCAGGAGCUCGAGGCACCAGGUGCCUGGGUCUGACGGCACCGGCCAUGAUAUCACCUCCCUGUCUCCCACACGCACACACAACUCGUUAAAAAAAUCUUUAUUGGAAGGCAAAAACAGUAAAACCCACAAAUGGUUAACAGCA